GAGGAGCCACAUGGUCCAUCCCUGCAUUCUCCAAGCACUGACUGACCAUCCACUCUGACCACAGCCAGGGGCCACAUCCCACUGCCUGCCCAGCGUCCAUCCAUGGAGGAGCCGCUUUAGGACAUGGAUCCCAAAGGAGCAAGAGGGACCAGAAAGUGCCGCUGAUCUGCACAGACCCCUUUGCCUGCUGCUGCCCCACAGGGAAGAGGGAGCUGCUGAGGAGCCACAUGGUCCAUCCCUGGAUUCUCCAACCACUGACUGACCAUCCACUCUGAUCACAGCCAGGGGCCACAUCCCACUGCCUGCCCAGCGUUCAUCCAUGGAGGUGACCACCGUGUCCCCAUCUCCUGCCUCACCCACUGAAGGAGAUGAUCUGUGUGUGACAGAUGUCACCACCGUGGCCAUACACAGUGUGACCCUGCUCAUCUGCCUCUGUGGGCUGGCUGGGAACGGGGCUGUCAUCGGCCUCCUCAACCUGGAAAACCGCAACUGUGGUAUCUUUCAGCUGGCUGUCACUGUCUUCCUCUUCCUUCUCCUCACAGUCCCCUCCACCGUCCUCUUCCUGGUGGAGGACAUGUCCUGCUCUCAUAUCCUGCCCAUGCUGUACCUGAGUUUCCUUCUCCUGCUCUCAGUGGUCUCCUACUACUGGGGGCUGUACCGGCUGAUGCGCAGCAGCAAUGUGUGGUGUAUGGACAAGCUCUGCAAGCUCUGCUGCCGCUGGGACGAUCCCGAGCGUCUAGUUUGGGUGGCAGACAGUGUCAAAUACUGGGCCUUCUUUGCUUUCUUCAUUGUCAUUCCCACGGUGACAUGCCUGUGCCCAUCACACCAGCAGGAGCGCUGUUGGGCAGCUCUCAUCUCCGUGUACACCAUCAUCCUGCUCCUCGUUGUUGCACCCAUGUUCAUUUCUCAUGCUGUUGAUUUCAUUAAGGCCAAGUGGGGCUCCCAGCAGCAGCAACCCAUGAGACGCGACAUCGUUAUCGUAAUCACUGUGCUCUUCACUCUCCCCCUCAGCAUCUGGAAUUUCCUGCAGCUGCUCAGUUAUAUAAAUGUGCCCUCAGAGGUGGUUUUCCUCACCAUGUGUAUCCACAGUACCGUCAAACCCUUCAUCUACUUCUUGGCAGGGAGGUGGUGGAGGCCCUGCUCCAUGGAGUCCCUCCGGCUCUCCCUCCAGAGGGUCUUUGAAUAGCCAAAGCUGUGUUAGUCGCACUAAAUGAUCCCCUCAUGCAUACUGCAGUCUGAGCCUGUUAAUCCCUUCCACCACUGUGCUGAAGGACCCCAGGAAAGUGACUGAGGGAUUCCUUGGGUCAC